GAAAUUACUCAGAAUGCAACACAAUGGGUGCGUAGCCAAAAGGCUUACGGUUUAGAAUUUUGAACAGCAGCAGUGAUAAAGGGUCAGUGCAGACUGCAGUUCAGGUGGGUGUGCAUUAAUAAAGCGUCAAGGUGGAGGGUAUAUAAACCACAGAUGCAACAAGGUAGUCAUUCAUCACAUGUCAUUUUGUCACUGGCGGCAGCAUUCAGAUCAGUCAGGUGCAGACAUGCUCCGUACUGCUAGCGGACUCCAGCUCCUCGCGCUCUUGCUUCUUUUGUUGCGGAGCAGGAGCUGCUCUGGUGUUAACAACGACGCCACAGAGUCUCUCAAUACUCAGGUAGUCCACGACACUCAACAAGACUCGGAUAAUGAAGACACAAACCAGGCGAGCAACGGUGGGAGACGGCUGGCUGACGCUGUGCGUAAUGGCAAAGACCAAAGCCAGGUGGGCUGCAAGGAACUGAGGUCCACAAAGUAUAUCUCUGAUGGCCAGUGCACUAGCGUCAACCCCAUUAAAGAGCUUGUGUGUGCUGGGGAGUGUCUGCCGGCCCACCUGCUGCCCAACUGGAUUGGCAGUGGAAGUUACAGUGGUAGGUACUGGAGCCGACGUGACGCCCAGGAGUGGCGCUGUGUUAUUGACCGAACAAGGACCCAGCGGAUCCGGCUGCAGUGCCAGGACGGCAGUUCAAGGACCUACAAGAUAACUGUGGUGACCUCCUGCAGGUGCAAGCGCUACUCCAGGCAGCAGAAUGACUCAGGACACAAGGAAACAUCUGUCCACAGUGGUAAACAGAGAAAAAAAUGAAAGGAAGGCCAGUUUCUCCGAUGACAGAGCAAGGAGAAAGUCUGACAACUGAAACCCCUGUAAUCCUGCUGUUGAAAAGGAAAUCUAGCAGUCACUCCUGUCUUCAUUAUGACAUUUAUUGAUUCAUUAUAAGUAUACAAAUGAUAACCUAAUAUUUAAAGGUCCAGUGUUUAGGAUUUAAGGAUGAUCUAUAAGCAUAAAUUGAAUAUUAAACUUAUAAUUAUGCUUACAUAGGUGUAUAAUCACAUGAAAUUAUGAAUUAUUUUGUUAUCUUAGAAUGACCCUUUUAUAUCUACAGAGGGAGCAGAUAUUCUUACACAUAGUCUGUCAUGUUUAGCCCAGAGCAGACAAACUAAACACUGACUCAAGAGAGGGCCUUUGGAAAGGGAGGGUGAUGGGACAGGUAUUCAGGUGGUUACACUUUGCAACCUUAUCACUCGAUGCCACUAAAUCUUACAUACUGGACCUUAUAGAGGUAAUAAGAUAGAGCUAACAGUGAACAGUAUAGAUUUAUUUCUAGAUUUAGAUUAUUGUGAAACUAAGGAACCCAAAUGUCUUUAUAUGAUAUCCCAAAAUAUAAGACCUGCAACUAGUAUCUAGUCCUAACAGUACCACCUAUUAGAUUAACUUGCAUGUGUACAAAUCUGACAGUGGUGGAGCCUUGAUGACAUGCUGUAGCUACAAAACAAUCUCACAAUGCAGUAUAUGAGCACAAAGUGUUCAGAGCCAGAUUUUUAAACCAGCCUAGCUUCUUCUAAAUGAAUGAUAUUCUAGCACUGGCAGAUAUUAUUAUCGUGAUAAUUUUACUGUUGACAAAUGAGAAUUUUGUUACAGUCUGGAUUUCCAGAGUUAUUUGACUAUACUGUCAUUCCACCAGUAUCUGAAUUAAAACUGCCAACAGAGAUGCACAUCUGUUACUGUAUAUUGUCUAUCAUCUGAGAGCACCCACAGCACAGAAGUACUCGUGUAGUGUUCAUGGAGGUACUAGUUCCACUAAAGGCGUGGUGUAAUGUAGCAAAAGGCAACCAUCUGUCUAUACAGGAGGUAUGGUUUAUGUUGGAAGGAAAUGCAGGGAUAAGCCAUAGCUUUGUUUGAUUUUGUCACAGAUGGCAGGUGGAUUGCUAUAGAGCAUCUUCAUCGAAAAAAUAACGUUAAUAAGUUACAUUUAUAUAAUAGAGUGAUGUUUGGAUAGUCUACAGUAUGGAAUUGUUGGUAAAUUUUUUGUGGGGGAUUUUCAGAGCAAAUUGUAUAUAAUUUAUUUUUGCACAACAGUUGAUGCUCUUUAUUAUAUUUUUGCAGUUAUUUGAAAUAAAUAGUGAAAAUUGUUUAUGUAUUGUAUAUGCCAGGCUCACACCAAACAGGAACUUCCCAACAACAGAGGCAUUAGUCACUGAUGAAACUCUCCUUUCAGCAGAUGCCAUACUUUGUUUUAUUGUGAAAGGAAUACCUUUGCCUCCAGGCUUGCGUGGCUUUUUUUCAGCUGUAGCAACACGUUUUAUUGUCUCAUAUAUCCGUUCAUUUUUUCCCUUUGAAAGCUGUGUGCUAAAGUAGACAGUGAAUAGACUCACCUGCACUGAGUGACAACAGGAUGUUUAAUUUCUGUUACCUGAAGAGAAAAAGAGUAGGUAUCCAUUGUCACUGACAUCCUGUCGGCACAAUGAGGGGCCAUCAGAACUAUGUAAAGUCUGUUGAUGUUGAGUAGCAGUUGGGGGGAAACAUAUUACAGUUUUUUAAAGCAAUCAUCAGAAUUUGUAUGGUUGGUAGUAGAAACUAAUUGUUAAAGGUGACAAUAAAUACAUUUAUCCAAAAAUU